GUGUGUGUGUGUGUGUGUGUGUGUGUGUGUGUGUGUGUGUGUGUGUGUGUGAGAGAGAGAGAGAGAGAGAUUAGUUUUGCUAACAUCUGUGCACAGUUAGAUAUUUUGGAGCGGCAGGUUUUUAAUCCUGGUUGAGGGUCGUUAGGACAGACAUGAUAUCUGAGCUGUGAGUGGUGGAUUAAAGCAACAGGAUUAAUAUGACUGCUGCAGUGGAGUGACGGACAGAGACAGAGAGGACGACAGACAUCACACACCUCAACAGUGGCCACCUCUCAAUCGUCAGCCAUGUUUGCGGGUCGGGUGUCGGCAGGAGCCGCUGUUGGGCCGUCGGCGGCCGCAGGAAAAGGUGGAAAGUUGUCUGUGGAGGAGCUGUACGGGUUCACCAAGAAACCAAAGGUCAACAGAGGGGAUUCUGGGAAACCAGACAAAGGUGAAGCAAAGAAAGACACGAAGGAGAAAGAGGAGUCUGCUCUGGCGUCGCAGAUCCUGGAGGCGGCGAGGAGGCUGAUGGAGAGACGACGACUCGUGAUCUACCUGAAGGAAUGUGGAGUCACCAUGGAGCAGAGUCACAUGACCUACAGGAAUCUUGGGAAAUCUGGACUGAGAGUGUCCUGCUUAGGACUGGGGACAUGGGUGACAUUUGGUUCUCAGAUCUCUGAUGAGAUGGCGGAGAGUGUGAUGACGGUGGCGUACGACAGUGGAGUGAACCUGUUCGACACAGCAGAGGUUUACGCCUCAGGCAGGGCGGAGACGACUCUGGGAAACAUCCUGAAGAAGAAAGGAUGGAGGAGGUCCAGUUAUGUGGUGACCACCAAGAUCUACUGGGGGGGGCAGGCAGAGACAGAGCGAGGGUUGUCACGGAAACACAUCAUUGAAGGUCUGCGUGGCUCUCUAUCCAGGUUACAGUUGGACUAUGUUGACAUCGUCUUCGCAAACAGGAGUGACCUAAACGCACCGAUGGAGGAGGUCGUCCGUGCGAUGACCUUUGUAAUCGAUCAGGGUUUGGCCAUGUACUGGGGAACGUCUCGCUGGAACGCUGUGGAGAUCAUGGAGGCGUACUCUAUAGCGAGACAGUUUAAUCUGGUUCCUCCAGUGUGUGAACAGGCUGAAUAUCACUACUUCCAGAGAGACAAGGUGGAGCUGCACCUGCCAGAGCUCUACCACAAGAUCGGGGUCGGAGCCAUGACCUGGUCCCCGUUAGCCUGCGGCCUGCUGACGGGGAAAUACAAUGAGGGCGUCCCGGAGAGUUCUCGAGCCGCCAUGAAGGGCUAUGCGUGGCUGAAGGAGCGUCUCUGCAGUGAUGAAGGGAAGAAGCAGCUCAGUAAAAUUAAAGACCUUCACCUGCUGGCCAGCAGACUGAACUGCACUCCUGCUCAACUCGCUAUAGCGUGGUGUCUCCGCAGUGAAGGCGUCAGCUCGGUUCUCCUCGGAGUCUCCAACACGGAACAGCUGCUGGAGAACCUCGGUUCCAUCAGGGUUCUGUCUCAGCUGACUCCACCCCUGGUUACAGAGAUGGAUGUGUUGCUUGGCAACAAGCCCCGUAACUCCAAGAAGGAAGCAAGGAGCUGAGGUCUUAAAAAAAAGACUUUAUUGAAAAUAAAGACAGGACGGAGACGACAGGGAGACGUCUUCUUCAGGGAUGGAGGCGACCACCUCCUCGUUGUCGUGGAGACGGGCAGAUUUCUCCGUCCAAUCACAGAGACUUUAGUUCAGAUAUUGGGAAAUAUUUAUUCUCGUAUAAAGUGAUGUGUCACAGCUGUUUAACAUCUGUUGUCAAUACAACAGAAUAUCAGUGAAACUUAACCAAUACAAUAAAAUCUAAUCCAGGAUCAAGAAACAAGUCGAUAUUAAUGUUUAUCAAUUUAUAUAAAGGUUAUAUUAUUACAAUUAUUUUAAAAAAUCUUAGAAUACUGAUCAAAUGAUUGAUCAGUUGUUACAAGAUGUUUGUUUGUUUGCCAUAUCUAUUUCAAAAUAAAAGCCUGCUGUUACAGAGACACCAUUUCAACACUGACAACAGCACGGCGUUGCCGUGGUAACACCUGUCAACAACUUCUCUGAACGGUCCUGUUUCCUCCGACUAUACAGAAGAUAUAUCUUAAUAUAUAAUCUGUGAAAAAACUGAUCAUCUGAACUCAAUAAUCAUAUUUAUAUUUUCUAUAUAAUACAAACUGAACUGGAACAAAA